AGUGUUCGAUAUCUUCUUGUUUUCUCCACGCAGAACUUCCCCUCGCAGAACUUCUGUCACGUUGUCACGUCACUUUUAGUGGAAAUCUAAUCGAGCCGAGUUAAAACAGGAAAGGAAUAAUCAGAAUGCAACAUAUGUGUCAGCUUUACAGUGAAGGACGCUCGGGUGUGUGCAGUGACUCAGUCGGGGCUGGUGAGCUCAUCCCGCAGCAUGGACAGCGAUGAGGAAAAUCUAGAGGAGCUGGUGGAAGCUGCUCGUGUCAGUUCUCCGUAAAUCUCCACGCGUCAGUCGUACUGCAGGCCCGCGCCAGGGACUUUAUUUCAGUAGUGAACCCGCUUGACGGGCGGCAGAGUGCGGCCCGGGUCAUGUGUGUGUCCCGCUGCCUGCAUGAGAGGUGGAUGUCCAUUGGAUGACGAUGGUCAGCCCCAUGGUUUCUGCACUUUGACCUAUUCAUCCAGUGAUCGUUUUGAGGGACACUUCACCCAUGGAGAGAAGAAUGGCAUGGGCAAGUUCUUCUUCUUUGAUGGAAGUACCCUGGAGGGUUUCUAUGUAGAUGAUGCUCUUCAGGGCCACGGCGUGUACACGUAUGAAGAUGGCGGUGUUCUCAAUGGAACAUAUGUGGAUGGCGAGCUCAAUGGGCUUGCUCAGGAGUUUGAUGGAGAGGGCUGUCUGGUUUUCAAGGGCCAGUACAAAGACAACAACCGCUGUGGGGAGUGCUGGGUCUACUACCCUGAUGGGGGCUGUGUGGUUGGGAAGGUGAAUGAGGAGGGGGAGAUGACCGGUGAAUCUGUAGCAUACAUCUACCCAGACGGACACACAGCUCUCUAUGGAAGCUUUGUGGACAGCGAGCUCAUUGAGGCUCGCCUUGCCAGCCUGAUCUCCAGUGAAAGUGGAAAGCCAUGCUUUGAAGUUCCACCAAACAGUCCUGUGUACUCGUAUGACAGGUCCACAUCCACCUGUAUUGCCACUCACACUUUGCUUCCUGACCCAUAUGAAAGCAAAAGGGUGUUUGUGGCAGACUCCAUGAUUAAAGGAGCAGGACAGGGCUUGUUUGCCAAGACAGAUGCUGAAACGGACACUGUGAUGGCUUUUUAUAACGGAGUACGCAUCACACACUCUGAGGUCGACAGCAGAGACUGGGCCCUGAAUGGAAACACCAUCUCACUGGACGAAGACACUGUGAUCGAUGUCCCUCAGCCAUUUGACCAGACUGAGAGAUACUGUGCCUCUCUGGGUCACAAGGCAAACCACUCCUUUACCCCCAACUGCAAAUAUGACCCGUUUGUCCAUCCUCGUUUUGGGCCAAUCAAGUGCAUCCGAACAUUGAGGGCCGUGCAGAAGGAGGAGGAGUUAACUGUAGCUUAUGGCUAUGAUCAUGGGCUGACUGGGACGAAUGGUCCAGAGGCUCCUGAUUGGUACAAGCAGCAAUUGGAAGUGUUUCAGCAGAGACAGGCUGCUGCCACUGGCCAAUGAGAAUGCAGACGAAUACCUCUAGAAAAUAAAAUAACCUCUACCUGUGCUAAAACCUUACAAUACUCCUGGAGAUUUAUCACACUUGAUAUCCUGUGCAGCUCAUAGAUAUUUUGACAAUAUAUUAUGCUCCUGUAUGUGGUAUUCAUGUGGAAUACUGCUUUAGCAAUUCGGUAUGAUUGGAGGCCUUGGAGGUCCAGGGCAACACAAGAACUAUGCAAGAAACCAAAUGUUAUGAGACAUGUCAGUAGCUGGAUGUGCUGAUAUGCCCAUUUGUUUCACUGUACUCUUCAUCACAUAUUACACAUAUAGGAAGGAUUUACCUGCCGAUUGGUGCUGACAAAUUAAUUUCAUUCAGUUUUCUUCACAUAACUCCAUGCCAAUAGUUUUACGCAGCAGCUGCAGUUAACAGGGCUCCCCUUGAGGUGUAGAAAUUAACAACACUGUUUGUAUGACAUAAUAUUUAUCAUAACUGUUUAAACUGUUAAGCUUACACAUUUGAAUUUAUUCAGCUGGUUCCAUGCAGACAAAACUGUGCAAAAGUUUUAGACACUUCAGGUGUAAAUUUUUCUCUGCCAUCAGUCCCAUCAGGAGGUGUUUGAUGUUGUCAGAUUCAUUGGACAGCAUCGCAACAAGCCCAAACCGUCAUACAGAACCACGUUCAGAGGUCAAAAGGAUAAGGAGUCCUGGAUGUUGGUGUAAAGACAAAUGGUGGUCACACCAAAUGUUGAUUUGAUUCAGGUUUUUCUUUUUAAAGUGUGUAAAACAUUUGCACAAAAAAUUAAAAGUGUCACUUUGAAGGUAUAUACACUUAGGCUUACACAACACUUAUGUUAUAUACAGUAUAUAUUACGGUAACUAUUUAUAAUAUCUGAAAUUGGUAAUGUAUUGUAUUAUCUGGCAGUACUACAUUAUAUACUCUAUGUUGGCCUAUUUCACUUUUCUAACCCAAUUGUCUGUGUUCAGACCCUUCAAAAAUAAAGUCAGAGAUAAAGAAAAUGUAUCUGCAUACCUCA